CUACUGUACAUACAUUAUAUUGAUUCUCAACCGAUCGAGCCAUCACAACAGGAAACUCGUGCAAGUACUUACAGAAGCUCUGUAACAUUUUAUCGCAAAGAUUACCAAGCAGAUAGCUUGUACCCAGUUGUAUUAACUGCUCUGAAAAUUCGUUAUUUUCAUCAGAUUUGAAGAAAGAAAGCCAUGGAAAUCACCGAUUUCAUAACACCAACCCCAUCGGUUUUGAAUGAAGAUUGCGAUGGAAGCUUCCUGAAACGAUUGUCCCUGUACUCUACGCUUCGCCAAGAAGAUUUAGAAUCCGUACUGAGAACCAGUGAGGUUCACGAAUCCGGAAGGACCGACUGUAAUAUUCCAUUAAAAGGAAUCGCCUGUCCCUACAGAUCCCUGCCAUCAGGACAAGACAAGACGCCAUUUUGUUCAGACAAAGAUUCAAUUGAGGAAGAGGCGCCCUCGGCAGAAAAUUUGACCACCGGCCAGAGUUUGACCUUGAUACCGGAGGACAUCCCCGUCCAAUAUACAGUACACGGUAUCCACCCUCAUGAGUUCCCCGUCAAAGGUUUCUAUGUGGACCGGCGAGUCUGCCCUGGUUUCCGGUACAAGGUGCGCUUCGUCAGCAGGAGGGAUGACGUCUUUGACGGUAAAGGGCGCUGCCUGUUGUCAGUCGGCAUGGGGUAUGGAAAACGCUUGACCUUCAAGGGAGACAAACUCAACGUCAACGACUGUUUCUUUUGGUCAGACAACGACGAAGAUGGUUACGCAUUCAGUCACGAUGUCCUGGAGAAGGGCGAGAAAUUCAUUCUCUACGACUCCAACUCUCAACCAAUCGGUGAUGUGGUUGUCGAAUCUGCCACGGAAUGCCCACAGAUCGAAGAAUCCAUGGAAACUACAAAAACGCAUAUAAAAAAAGUAGUUCGUGUUCGAUUUGCAUGCGUUAUUAACUAUCACACACGUUUCCACGGUAGCUUGGUAGAGGUGAACAAUCAGGAUAUCGAGAUCGUAGAAGGCCUUGUUGACGUCAUCAAACAACGUCGUGAACGAGAAGCACAGGUGCAAUGCAUUAGGAAUGUCCAUCUAAUGCGCGCUGGCGAUUGUACCCUCUGGAAGGACUGAUGUGUCGCUACAUAUUUAUCUGGUCGGCGAUUCGUGAGGCGGAAUGAAUUAAUACUCCCCGCGGAGUUACACAAGUGUGAUCAGGUCAGAUUUCGUGCUCAGGCUCGAGCGAUUACGUACAUUACCAACAAUGUACAACACACAUGUACGUCAUUGUACGUGUACCUAGCCCAAUUGUUCACGAACAAUAGACACGGGAUUGCUGAGGGACUGUGAAUCAAUUGUGAUAGCAAAACAUAUUUAAAGUAUAUAUUUACAAUUUUCUGUUUGUCCCUUUCUUGUACACAUGUUGGUGCAAUCUUGUUUUCAAGAAAGAUGGAAGUUGUUUUUGCAAAUGUUUGUUGUUGAAAUUAUCAAUAAAAGCUUUGGUUAUGAAA